AUGAAAGCAAGCGAAGUUUUAAAGAGAGAAAUAGUGCACAAAUGGGCCAGAGAGAUAUCAAAGGAGAUAGAGACAGAAAGCAUUUUGAUCCUAAAGUACGAUCUUGUGCCGCGGGUGUGGGCUGAUGAAAUAAGCGAAGUGCUAAUGAAUGUAAGGAUCAGGAAUGCAUGCACUCGGCUGACAUGCCCAAAGACGUGCCCUGUGUGCGUGGCCGUGAUAGAAGCGAUGAAAAAAAAGGACAAAAUGCUCUGCAUCAACUGCAAGUCUCUUAAGCUGCUGUAUGUGAAGAUAAUGGACAUGCGGUAUCAGCCGGUGAAAAUCAUAAGCAUAGAUAAGGGCGUGAUGGGGUUUAUAAAAAGCGUGGAAGGCACAGAGAUAAUAGGCUGCAGCGAAAACAUGGUGCAUCUGCCUCCUGCCAUACACACGUUUUUCGAGCGCGUAGACCAGGACUACAUGAGCCCGGUUUUGAUAGUGAAGAUGCUGAAGUAUCUAGAGUACGAAAAAAGCAUCCGAGCAGACCCAACCCAGCUGGAAGACAUAAUUCUUGGCCUUCGGGUGAGCUUUUUGUGCGACUCCUCGUACAUAGAAACCUCGAGAAUGAAUCUAUACCGGCAGAACAAAGCUGAAAAAUCAGGUCUGCCUGGCUAG